GAAAAAUCCGGCGCUCCCGCACUCGUAAAUCGCAUGACUUUUCCGUUUUCAAAACGUCAACAAACUCCUCGCCGAAAUGAAAAACCUAAUUACUGGUAAUGUAAGUGACUCCUCAGACGACAGUUGCACGACAAAAUUUGCAACUGAUGAGCUUACUAUGGCUGAAAAGUGUAGCUCUAAGGAUCAAACUACAAUACGACCUAAUGUACAGCAUCACUCAUCUAUAGUAUGCAUUAAUAAGCAGCGUCGCUCACGUACAAACUUUACACUCGAUCAGCUUAAUGAACUGGAACGACUUUUUGAAGAAACACACUACCCUGAUGCUUUUAUGCGAGAGGAAUUGAGUCAGCGAUUGGCUCUUAGCGAGGCUAGAGUGCAGUAAUAUUUGAUUACCGGGAACCAAAACCAUGGCAUCAAACCAGGAAAACUUGAUCAGCGCUCUGUGGU